UGCGCUCCUUUUCAGCCCCUUUCUAAAUAACUCACUGUCAUCAGCAUUGGAAAACAGCAUUGCCAGGACGGGACUAAUUAGUUGAAAAUUGGUAGAAGAGUGAUCAGAUCGAAAAAAAGACCCGACGAGCUGCACAGAAACGACAGGGCCGACUGGACACUCAGCACACCUGAGCCUGUCUGUCAAGUAGACAUGUUUCAGACUGUUCCUGACACGUCGUCUUACGUCAAGGAGGCGCUAUCAGUGGUAAGUGAAGACCAGUCCUUAUUUGAGCCUCCGUACGCUGCUGCUGCCCCUCUCCCCAAAACAGAAAUGACUGCAUCUGGCACACAGGACUACGGCCAGACCCACAAAAUCAACCCCUUACCUCCACAGCAGGAGUGGAUCAACCAGCCAGUGCGGGUCAACGUCAAGCGAGAAUAUGAGCACAUGAAUGGAUCCAGCAGGGAGUCUCCAGUAGACUGCAGUGUUGGUAAAUGUAAUAAGCUGGUGGGGAGUAAUGACACUUCAUCUCAGAUGAACUAUGGAAACUACAUGGACGAGAAGAAUGCCCCUCCCCCAAACAUGACCACCAAUGAGCGGAGAGUCAUUGUACCUGCAGACCCAUCUUUGUGGUCCCAGGACCACGUGCGCCAGUGGCUUGAGUGGGCGAUCAAAGAGUAUGGCCUGUUAGAGAUUGACACAGCCAUGUUUCAGAACACAGACGGCAAAGAGCUCUGCAAGAUGGGCAAGGACGACUUCCUCCGGCUCACCACCAUGUACAACGCCGAAGUGCUUCUCUCUCAUCUCAAUUACCUCAGGGAAAGUAGCUCAUCGUUAUCCUACAACACACCAUCUCACACAGACCCAUCCCCACGCCUGGCCGCCAAAGAGGACCCUUCAUAUGAUGCUGUACGGCGGACAGGAUGGUCAAACAACAUGCACAGUGGCAAAGGCUCACCAGUAGUUACCCAGAAUGUGACUAAGACCGCAGAGCAGCCCAGAGCUCAGCCAGAUCCAUACCAGAUCCUGGGUCCAACCAGUAGUCGCCUCGCCAAUCCAGGCUCAGGUCAGAUCCAGCUGUGGCAGUUCCUGCUGGAGCUCCUGUCAGACAGCGCCAAUGCUGGCUGUAUCACCUGGGAGGGAACCAAUGGCGAGUUCAAGAUGACCGACCCAGAUGAGGUGGCGCGACGCUGGGGCGAGCGUAAGAGCAAGCCCAACAUGAACUAUGACAAGCUGAGCCGCGCACUGCGCUACUACUACGACAAAAAUAUCAUGACGAAGGUGCACGGCAAGCGUUACGCCUACAAGUUCGAUUUCCACGGCAUCGCUCAGGCGCUGCAGCCGCACCCCACUGAGUCCUCCAUGUAUAAGUAUCCCUCGGACCUAGCCUAUGUGCCUUCCUACCAUGCCCACCAGCAGAAGGUCAACUUUGUAUCCCCACACCCUCAAUCCAUGCCUGUCACUUCCUCCAACUUCUUUGGACCCACUGCUCCGUACUGGAGCUCGCCCACUGCAGGCAUCUAUCCCAACCCAAAUGUCCCUCGCCACCCUAACACCCAUGUGCCGUCCCACCUGGGUAGUUAUUACUAAACCUCCCAGUCUGACCUUCACCACCUUCUAAAACCUCCCUGUUCCUCCAACAAAGUCCACAUUUGCUGACCUGCACACCCAAUGAUGCUGAACCAAUGAAGACUUUGUUGAAAGAGGCAUUAGUCCUCUGAAGAAAUUUUGCUCCUACAUGAAGGAUGAUUAAAAUGAAGGAGAUGUUUUUGUAAGGAUCUUUAAACAACUGGAUGCUAUGGUCCAAAAUGGAAUACUACUUACCUUUACAAGCGACUGUUUGUUUAUAUUUUUCAGAUAUGCAUUUGAGUUUCCUGUGCCUUCUCUUCCACCAGAGAAAUGCACCUACAAGUGUUCCUACCCAAAAUCUUUGCAACCCAAAGCCUAUGGCCAGGGUGAGCAACUAAAGUCUGUCUGCCUUCUUGCAAUACUACAAUACCAGACAUGGGCCUUAUAUUAAUGGGUCUCAAUCUACAUCCUCAGUACUUUAUGUACAUUAUGCUUUAAAGCAUCUGUCUUUUCCGCUCUUCAACAGCCUUGUAGGGACCUCUUAUUCCCACCACUUCCAGCCUUCUGUUUCCACUGUCUCUGUCUGCUUGUCUGUCCAUCUGCAUCUUUUUAUGUGUGUGUGGAGAGUCUUCUGAAAUGCGCUGGACAAGGAGGAGCUCUCAAAGAGAUGGACUUUUCUCAGCACUGAAUGAAAUUUGGCAACUGGAAUAUGCCAUUCACCUUUAAUUUAUCCUCCAAACUGGAAGGCUAGAGAAGAGUUAAAUGCCAGUGAAGGAAGCGCUGUAUGUUUUGCUGACCUGGGUCAACCUAGUUACUGAAAAUGCUCUCUGUGUGUUGUGUGUGCAGUUCAAGGUGGCUGAGGUGUACAGUUGACUCCACUGUGCAGGGGAAGCUGAGGCAAGAUGUAAUUGAAGUAAUUUGCAACAAUAAUUCAACCCAGGUCAGAUGUUUUCAGGGGGCCACACACUAGGCUAUUAAAUGUUUGCCAUGUUGCCUUUUAGCCAUGCUAUUUCCAGAUGUUUUGUUGCUCGACCAUGUCAGUAUUAAUGUGAAUGUCUUCUGGUUUGUGAAACACAUGUAAAAGGGAUACCCUGCAGCAAAAUCAAAAUUUGUCAGAUGUUUUCAUUUUGUUUAAGAAAGAAAUAGCUGAUUUUUAAAGCCCUGUUUGCUGUACACAUCUUAAACCAAACCAAAAAGGGCCUUUUUACAGAUGUGAUUAUGUAGAUGUUAUCUGCCGAAUAAGACUAUGUGUUGUUAGGAUGUUUUCUUAUCGUAAGUGCCUUAAAGUGCAAGGAAUGCAUCCUGUAUUAUUACAUGUUAUAAAGACAAACAUAUCCUUCACAGUGCCUUAACUGCUGUUUUGUAUCGUAUGCUUUCUAUUCUUAAAGACACAACCUUAUUACAUCUUAAAUUCAUAAUUACAUAAUCAUCAUCUCCUUGCCUCACUAGAAAUCUGACAUUUUUUGAUUUUGAAGUGCAUCCUGAAUGCAAUGACUGCCACACUGUCUCUUCCUCUCUAUAGGCCAGUCAGGACCGUAGGUCAGUGCAGAGAGGAGGCCUGGCAGUAAAUCAUGUUGAUGGACAGUCAAGUUGCAUUUUACCUGGGCUGGAUCCUAGUUUGCAAGCAGCAUAUGUGUUUGAAUGUUAGUGUCUCACUGAUCUAAAGCCCAGCCAAAUGCACAUGAAUCUCAAGUCAGGAUUUUAUCAUGUCAUAACAUAUCCAUCUUCAGGUGUUCAUGGCUGCAAAUGUAUUCCUUUUAUCAAUAAAUUACUUAGGACUAAGUAGUUUAUCGGAGAACAAAACCAACAAAGUUUGACAAGAUUAAACAAAUAAAUCCUCAGAUUCGCAAACGCUGUGCGUUUGUCAGACCUAUUUUUUACUAUUUUAUAAGCAUCAGACAACUAGGCAUUAAAGCAACUUACUGUAUAAAUUAUGCAGAGUUAUUUUCAUAUGUGACACAGUAUAAAAAGUCAAGAGAAUUAAUACGAGUUGACCUCGGUCAAAAAUGCAAACCUUUAAAGUCCAUUUCUGCUUAGUAGUUUGUUCAGCAUUGUAAGCAUUUUGAUAUCUGUACAUUUGGGCAAUACAUGUUACCAUUUUGGUUUUUUUUUGUAAUUGUUAUAAGUUCUGAAAUUUGGUUGUGACUUCCGAAGUGACUAUAUGCACAGAGGGUAUUUUCUUAUAUUUCCAAACCCACAAUAGCCUGCUUAAAUCAUUAUCCACAGCCAGGGAUUCCUUUACUCUGUAUGCAACAUGUGUUUAUGGUGGAUCUUUGCCAUUCUGAACACACUUUUGAUGCCAAAUAGCCCUGGGUGGCUUCUCCUGUUUAUUCAAGAAUUUCAGGUAUUUUAUGCAAAUGAUACAGACAUUAAUGAUAUUCACAACCAGCUUCUCCUGAGAGUUUCAUGGCUUUAAAAAAAAUCAAAGAAAGGGGACGUGUUAUUUGUAGCAUAAAGAAAUUAUUCUAAUGAACCCUUAGCUUUCAUGUUUCACGAGCAUUAUCAAUGGAAAGGGAUUCGUGCUACUUCGUAUAUGCAAUGUAUUUUGGAUAUCAAAAAUAUAUAUAUAAAUAUAUGUGUAUAAUUUUACAAUUAACCAAUGUAUUAUUUUUAUUGUCAUUUCUGCAAUGUAUGAAGUAUUACCUUUUGAAAAAGGGCUUUUGUAUAGGAAAAUGUGACAAAAUAAAUGUUUUUACCUCUCAAGCCUUCUUACUUUGCCUGCUUGUGACUUCAUCAGAGCACUUAGACAAAUAAAGCAUACUUGCUGUUCUUUUACAACUUUGGUUAAGUUGAUAAGUU